AUGAUGGACUUGGGCGACAAAAUAAAUCCUAACCUCUCGUUCUUAGGAAUCAACUGCGUCAGCUUCAACCAAUCACCCGACAUUCUUGAGUCUCUACAUCAAGCACUGCCAAAUAUGGCCUUGCUUGCUUAUCCAAACAGUGGUGAAGUUUAUGAUACUGAAAAGAAGAUAUGGUUGCCAAAUAGCGAUAAGCUGAACAGUUGGGAUACGGUUGUUAAACAGUACAUUAGCAGCGGUGCCCGUAUCAUUGGUGGUUGUUGCAGAACAAGUCCAAAAGACAUCCAAGAGAUUUCUGCAGCCGUCAAGAAAUACACGUAA